UUCUACACAAAUGUUCAUGAAGCUGACAGGCAUGACACAUGGCACCGUCUAUUGUCUGAUUACACUCAAACUUACAGACAAAACACACUCGAAGCUGAGUGGGAUGGAGCUAUUGUCCAUUGUAUUCACUGGUUUUAACUGUUCCAGAUAAAGCGCCAUUCUCAACAGCCACUGACACAGCACAUCGGCCACACAGAUCCGCAGCUCCUGUCUUUUCACCCACGUUUUACCUGCAUGUUCCCCAAAUACAGCACCGCUCAUUGAAGAGAUGGAUCUUUGCCAGACUGAGGUCAGUCUCCUGGUGAAACUGGCACUGAAGGUUAGAGGCUGUGGUGUAGGUUCUGUGGCUGGACUUUUUUUUUUUGUUGUAAUAUAUUUCACAAUAUGACAAAGGGGAUCUUGCCAAACUCUCUCGUACUUACAGAGUGAAGAUGAGGACCGCAGUUCUGCUGUUUGUCAUGGGGUUCUGUGUGUUGAAUGUCACAUCUUCACUGAAAAUCUGCGCUUUCAACAUUCAGAGCUUUGGUGAAGCAAAGGCAAACAACAAGAAGGUUAUGGGGAUUCUCCUGAAGAUCCUGUCUCGGUGUGAUUUGUGUCUUAUUCAGGAGGUCCGAGACUCUAAAGGAGAGGCAAUACAAGCUUUGGUUAAGGAGCUAAACAGAUUUGACAAAUCCAACUCAUACUCCUUUGUGGAAAGUGAAAGGCUGGGGAGGAACACCUACAAGGAGCAGUAUGUCUACAUUUACAGGAACAAUGUGCUGACGGUCAAAGAGCAAUAUCAGUAUCCGAAACUAGAGGAAGGGAGCAACAAAACCGAUGUGUUCUCCAGAGAGCCUUUCAUCGUCCGCUUUCACUCCCCCACAACAUUGGUGAAGGAUUUUGUCCUGAUUGGUCAGCACACAUGCCCAAAAACUGCCAUGAAGGAGAUGGAUGAACUCUACACUGUCUUCAAAGGGAUUCACAAGAAGUGGAAGACUGAUAACGUGAUGAUCUUGGGGGAUCUCAACGCCGGCUGCAGCUACGUCACCAUCAAGGGCUGGAGAGCCGUGCGCUUGAGGAGCGACCCCAAGUUUCGUUGGCUAAUUGGAGAUGAACAAGACACCACUGUGCGGAAGAAGACGAACUGCGCCUAUGACAGGAUUAUUGUCCAUGGACGUGAAAUUAUUUCCAGUAUAGUGCCAGGUUCAGCUCAACCGUUCAACUUUAAAGAGAAUUUCCAUCUCACUGAGGAGGAGGCUCUUGAGGUGAGUGACCAUUUUCCAGUAGAAGUUGACCUCAAGAGGAAGUCACCUACGUUUACAGGACACCAGUCAGAAGUGACGCUGCAGGAGACUAUGGAGACAGUCGGCCUUCCAUGAGCUCAAGACCAGGGUGGUCUGACAGAGAAUUCGAACAUGAGACGUCCUACUCAACCUACUCAAGGUCAAAGCCUGAAUACAGAGGACAGACUUUUGUUGAUGAGCCCAACAUAUACGAGAAGGCAGUCUCUUACAGAAACUCCAAUUUGAAAUCGACGCCCAUGAAAUAUGAACAAGAUGC